AUGGUCGGUUCUGGGCUAAGGCAGACUCUGGGUUCAGCUAAGCGGCCGUCCCCAGCGCGGGCUGUCCUAUGCAAAGAGAAGAAGUAUGAUUAUUACAGCCUGCCGAAAACCUCCGUUGUGAUAGCUUUUUAUAAUGAGGCUUGGUCAACACUUCUGCGGACUGUUCAUAGCGUUCUUGAGACAUCUCCAGAUAUACUUUUGGAAGAAGUUAUCCUUGUAGAUGAUUACAGUGACAAAGAACAUUUAAAGGAGACUUUGGAAAACUACGUGGCUGGCUUACGCAAGGUGCGUCUUAUCCGCGCAAACAAGCGAGAGGGGCUGGUUCGAGCCCGGCUGCUGGGGGCAUCUGUGGCGAAAGGGGACAUCCUGACAUUCCUGGACUGCCACUGCGAAUGCCACGAGGGCUGGCUGGAGCCGCUGCUGGAAAGGAUUGCAGAAGAAGAAUCAGCUGUUGUCUGCCCGGUUAUUGAUGUUAUUGACUGGAAUACAUUUGAGUACUUGGGAAAUGCUGGCGAGCCACAGAUUGGUGGAUUUGACUGGAGGCUGGUCUUCACUUGGCAUGCUAUUCCUGAAAGAGAGCAAAAACUGAGGAAGUCCAAGACCGAUGUGAUCAGGUCUCCAACCAUGGCAGGUGGAUUGUUUUCUGUGAGCAAGAAGUAUUUUGAUUAUCUUGGUUCAUAUGACACAGGAAUGGAAGUCUGGGGAGGAGAAAACCUUGAAUUCUCAUUUAGGAUAUGGCAGUGUGGAGGAAGUCUUGAGAUCCACCCAUGCUCACAUGUAGGUCACGUUUUCCCCAAACAAGCUCCGUACUCACGGUCUAAAGCUCUGGCAAACAGCGUGCGUGCUGCUGAAGUGUGGAUGGAUGAAUAUAAAGAACUUUAUUACCACCGAAACCCACAUGCUCGCCUGGAGCCAUAUGGAGAUGUGACAGAAAGGAGACUCCUUCGAGAGAAGCUGAAAUGCAAGGACUUCAAAUGGUUCUUGGAGAAUGUGUACCCAGAGCUUCACGUACCUGAGGACAGACCGGGCUUCUUUGGAAUGUUGAAGAAUAGAGGGAUGGCAAACUUCUGUUUUGAUUACAACCCUACAAAUGAACACCAGAUAACUGGACACAGGGUCAUAUUGUACCCAUGUCAUGGCAUGGGACAAAAUCAGUUUUUCGAGUACACAUCCCAUAACGAGAUACGUUACAACACCCGACAGCCAGAAAUCUGUGCAGCAGUUGAUUCAGGGACCGACUACUUGACAAUGUACUUGUGUCAAGAAAAUGUCCACAGUAUUCCGGAAAACCAGAAGUUUGUUUUCAGAGAGGACGGUACUUUGUUUCAUCUACAAACCCAGAAGUGCGUAGAAGCCCAGUCAAACGCUCACAAUGGUAACCCAGCACCAUUAUUACGACCUUGUACCAACUCGGACUACCAAAAAUGGUUCUUCAAAGAAAGAAGUUGA